GCACCUUAAGGCCGGCCGCUAGGGGCGCGAUUUUAGUCAAGCUACCUUCCCGUGGUGCUGUUCGCGGGAACAUGGCGGGACGGGCGCUGAGUUUCUGUGAGGUUCCGCUGAACUUGGGCGACCAGCAGCGAUGGAAGGAGCUCACCCUCAGCUUGGGUGGAGGUGGGAGCCAGGAUAUAAAGCUCCCGGAGCGAGGCGGUGGGUUCAGCUACAGGGACGGAGCUAGGGUCGGUGCGGGCGCGGCCUGUAACAGGCUCAUCUACUGGAGGAGCUAUGGGGACACCCUGGAGCUUGUGGAGCUGUCCGGUAACGCUAACCUGGACGGGAACGCGGUGCGGAUCAGAUUCCCGGACUCGGCGGUGGUGCCGUGUGUCGGUAUCCACGAGACCCACGCGCACGUGGUGGUGCUGUUCGCCACGGUCGGCAGCGUGCACAGGAUCGUCCUGCCACACCCCAGCAGGAUCGCCAGGAUGGACUACGGAGGAGACUACGGAAUCCCCUCUGUGUUUGCCGAUCUCUCAUUGGCUGAGCUCCGCAAUGAGGCCAACUUCCACCUUCUCAACCAAUCACCAUCCAACUACCCUCACCUGGGCGCCACAUGGCUGACCAAUGAGGGAGAAGCUCUCUUCGCCAUGGCAACCAUUGGAGGCAGCAUCUUAUUGGUCAAACUCCCUCAGUAUGGCAUUCAGGGUAUCGUGACGGAGCAUGAGCUGAGGCAGGCGUCCAUGAUGCAGCGGCUGUGGACGGGCUGGGUUCCCUCCGUUAUCAGAGGAGGCCAGGAGAGCUCGGAUGCGACCCUUGACCUCUGCGUGCACCGUCAGGACUCGCUGGGCCAUGACAAUUUCGUGUUUGCCGUGUGUCGGGACCACAAGCUCAGGAUGUGGUCCACCAAUGACCAGGAGUGUGUAGCAGAAACUGACCUGCUGGACUUCGUGGCUGAUAAGAUCGACCAGCAGACUGCUCCAGGCCAGAGCCACAUGAUCAGGAAGGCAUACGACAGUCAGACCCACAGCCUGUACCUGGUGACCUUCCUUUCCUUCGCUGACAGGUCAAUGUUUGUGGUUGUACAGCCAGUGUUGGAGGACGGGCGCUAUCAUUUCCUACACAUGGCCACGCUGUGUGCACCUCAGGAGAAGCUGAUCGGCCUGCACCUGGACCCCUCCACCCUGUGGACUGUGUGGACCAACAGUUACGAUGAGACGGUCGUCAGGUACUGCAGUAUUGAAAGUGGUCAGGCUGGUCAGCAGGGCUGGAGCCAGGUCAUCCUUGAGCCGGCGGUCAGCCACGAGGUGACCGUGCCAAACUAUCAGGACCCGAGCGAAGCCUAUCUGGAACACAUUUUCUACCCAGGGAGGUUCUCUUUGCAGACCAUCGCCAAGGCUUUACAUAUCUACCGGCGGUCAGUGGAUGCGAUAGCAGACCUCUCGGCUGCAGUGCUAAAAGAGCAGGUGUCACUGGUGGUGGAGACAGAGAUCCAGAACGCAGUGACAGAGUACGAGGUACAGCAGGAGGAGUAUUACCAGGUGCAGCUGCAGAGCUGGAACAAGUUCUACAUGUGCUGCACACAGUACCACCAAGUAGCAGGCAGGCCACUGGGCAUCUAUAGUGAUGAGGACACUGCUAUGGUCUGUCUACUGAAAAAGGGCGCUGUGUCCUUCCUGCGACCUUGUGACGGAGUAGAACACCUGUACCUGGCUCCGCAGGGGGUCUGCCAGCCGCAGCACCUGUCCGCUGCCCCCUUCAACAUCGCAGAUGAUAAGUUGUGCAGAGACAUAGUUCUCCUGGGAGACUGCCUGAGACUGAUCCAUGACCAGCUGACCCCUGAUGUGGUGUCUGCUGUCGAGCAGGACUUUUACUCCCUACUAACAAGUACAAGUUUUUCCUUGUACAGAUAUGAUAAGCUGUGCAGAGACAUUGUUCUCCUUGGAGACUGCCUGAGACUGAUCCAUGACCAGCUGACUCCUGAUGUGGUGUCAGCUGUAGAACAGGACCUGUUCCAUCUGGAGACCCCACAGAACAUUGUGGAACCGCUCGUCAACAAUGUCAUCUCAGAGGCCGGAGAUGUGGACCAGUCCUCAGCUGAGGUCAUCAGCACCCUGGAGUCCAGCCUGCAGACGAUCAUCGACGCCCCCAGGGCCAUCGACACGGUACUGCAGGCCAUGGAUGUGACAGGAGGGGACCCAGAGAACCUUGCUGUGCCUGAUCUAGCUGCGGAGCCCCUGAGACAGCUGAGCCUGAACCACGUGUUCGGCAGUGCCGUGGGACAUGCAGUACUGGAGAGUUCUGCUAGGCAGCUCGCUACGACACGGCUCGCCAUCUGCCGCGACCUGCUCCUGCUGCAGGGCCUCAUGGGAAGGAUGGGUCAAAGGGCAUCUCUGUCCCAGGACAGUCUGAACAAGCUCCAGUCAGAUCUCAUUCCCAGGACAGCCCAGCUGAUGCAGGUGUAUUACGUCAUCACCUGGGUUUCCACGGCAACCUACACACAUGUCCCCAGCAACAGUCUAGACAUGAACCUGAGACAGCUGCAGGCCAUGGACAUCUCAGACCUGGGCACAGGGCUGCCCAGAUACUUAAUGACCGAGGGCACCUUGCUGGCCCUGUUCCUGCACGGGGUCGGAGGUCAGCAGCUGGGGACCCUGUUGGCGGGAAGCGAGGAUCUUGACCAGGACCCGUGCCCGCUGUGGUCGGGCGUGCUGCAGACAGCCGUACUGCACAUCCUGCAGCUGCUCUAUCCCAUGAGCCCCAGCAGUCUCCUACCAGAGUUCCUCAUGACAAAGUGCCAGUAUCUGCAGCUCCAGGAGUACGUACGCCUGCUGGACAGCUGGUGCGUGUGGAACAGCUCCAGUAGGAGGUUCUUCCUAGGAACAGCUCACCUGAACUGUGGGGAGCCUCAAAAAGCUGUGGACUGCUUCUUACAGGGAGUCCACGGUGUGGGGAAUGAAGACUUUCUGCUGAACAAACUCCUGCAGCCGACAGACCAAGAGCUCCCACACCUACCUGUACUCUACCUGGUCAAGGUUCUGAGGUUACUGGAACAGUUCGAGGUUCCAGAACUAGUCAUCUCCCUGGCCAACUCUGCCAUUGGCAUGGCUCAGCCAGACGAUCCAAACAUUCCAAUGCUGUGGUCCAAGGUGUUUAAGUACCACCUAGAGCUGGGGCACAACAACGAGGCUUACGCUGCCAUGACUGCAAACCCUGAUCACACAAGGAGAAAAGACUGCCUGCGCCAGUUCAUCGUGAUCCUGUGUGAACGGUCCCAGCUGCAGACUCUGGUGGAGUUCCCCUAUGUCGGGCUACAUGAUGAAGUUGUAUAUAUCAUUGAGUCCCGUGCCCGGUCAGUUGACCUGACAGCUCACAACUACUACGACCUGCUGUACGCCUUCCACAUCUACAGGGGCAGCUACAGGAAAGCUGGCAGUACCAUGUACGAGUACGGCCUGAGACUAGGCCGAGAACUUCCCGGUGUAAAGAGUCUACAGAAGCAGGCCAAGUGUUACCUGGCUGCCAUCAACACCCUGAGACUGGUGGACCCCAAAUACGCCUGGAUUGUUAAACCAGUCAGAGUAGAGACUGCUACGGAGGAGGGUCGAGUUUCUCCCAAGAGAGACUACAGCGGGGACCACAGGCUGCCUCACAAAAAGAAACAGGUCGAGAUCCUUGAGCUGUCAGAACUAGAGAAGGAAUACAUGGUGGUGUUAGCCAGAUUACACCUUAUACAGAAGGACCCUGACCCUGCACAUGCCACAGGCCCGCCUCUGUCAGCUGAGGAGACUGUAGCCCUGCUUGUCCAGGCAGGUCUGUUUGACAAUGCCGUGUCGCUGUCUCAGGCCUUCAGACUGUCUCUGGUGCCUGUGUUUGAGGGGCUCGCCUCUAAGUGUGUUCGACUUACAGUAAGUGGUCCAGAUAUCCCCAAAGUUGGUGGAAAGAAGGAAGGCCUUGAUUGGCUGGGAGCCAACGACAUCCCCUUCACUCACACAUCUAAGCCAAUCACUGCAGCUGACCAGGCCUGGCAGCUGUUGCAGACUUACUUGGAGAGGUUUGACAUCACGGGGGUCAAAGGUUACCACAAGAGUGUGGCCAACAAACUUCUGUCCCUGGGCGCCCCCCUCCCCACCUGGCUGAUCAGGGCUUACAAGGAAAAGAAUGCCUCAGAGCUGCUGAGGCUGUACUUGAACUUUGACCUGCUGGAGGAGGCGUGUCACCUGGUGGGGGAGUACAUCGAUGCUGUGUUAGGGAAGGGCACAGAGUACUUUGGGUUAAAGAGUGCCCUCCACGCCACCUCCCCCAGUGUGUGGCUACCUUACACAGCCAUCGACCACCUCCUGUACACACUCAGGACUGCUGAGGGGAACUCCAUGUAUGCCAAGUUACACAUGGACCUGUCAGACAAGUUGCAGGUGUACCACCGUAACGUGGAGAGGGUUUCCCAGGACAUGGUACAGACGGCGCUACAGAAGGCAGCCAGGCACUCCAGACAGGACCAGUCAUUCAACAUGUCAGCAUACGGGAGAACAUAGCAGUGAACAUUAAAGUGUUACUGAUAUGUUGGUAAUAUAUCAGCAAAAAGUACUAAUAGAGUCAGUCAGAAUACAGUCAGAACAUCUCUCUUGCAGUAAAGAUUAAAGUAUUACUGACAUGUCAGUAAUACCGCAGUAAUAGAAUCAGUCAGAAUACAGUCAGAACAUAGCAGUUAACAUUUUUGUAUUACUGACAUGUCAGUAUUGUAGCAGUGAGUGAGUUAGAAUACAGUCAGAACAUAGCAGUAAACAUUUAAGUAUGAGCACUUAGAUGUCACACUUCAAGAUUCAUGUUUUCAUGAUGAAAUUUUGUGAAAGAAAAAGUGUUUUUUGUGUAAAUAAAACAGAAUUAGGUAAAAUCUGCCAACAUUUCCUUUUUGCAACUAUUAAACUUCAUACUUGACCAUUUUGAACUAAAUGUCAAACCGGUGUAAGAAAUGUUUCAGUCAGUCUGCUGAAACUGUAGUUACACCACUACAAUGUACCAGUAGUUGUAGUAGCAAGUGUAAGAGGCGGUGUGCUCCAUAUGUGGGGUCCGGGGAGAAGGUAUCGAUCCCCAUACUAUUACCCUUAGUAAGGCCACACUCACAUUCGGAUGCACACCUGUGGUCAAGUGUUACUGGUAUGCCAUCUAUAGUAGGCAGGGUUGGGUUGUAUAUUUUAGUACACACACACAAUGGUUUGUAACUGAAACAGUUGUAUAGGAUAUUUGGUCUGAAACUUGUUUUGUAAAACGUUAUUAACAAAAAUUUUUCCAGUAUUUUUCUGUAAGACUUGUGAUAAGAUGAAAUAAAACAGGCUUCUGUAUCGACCUUGCAGAAGAACAAGGAA